CCAGUGCGGGCCCCAGCGUGCGGGCCAGCGUAUUGCGAGGAGUUGCCAGUCCCGAGAGGAAGAUGGCGUCGGAUGAGGACAAGCUCCUGCGGCAGCUCGAGUUCUACAUGUCGGACGCGUCCCUGCCGUACGACACCUUCCUGGCCGGCGAGCUCCGCCGCAGCGAGGCCGACGCCACCGUCUCUGUUAGCGCGGCCACUCUCGCCGGAUUCCCGCGCGUCGUCGCUCUCCUUCCCGAUCUCUCUGCGGAGGAGCGGGCCGAGGCGCUCGUAGCCGCGGCGGCGCGCUCCGACACGCUCCGCGCCUGCGACGGUGGCCACAUCGGCCGCCGGUUUCCGCUGCCUGCGGACGACCCCGCCGCCGACCACAGCGUCUUCUUGGAAGGGCUUCCGCCGAGUGCCGACGAGGCGGCGGUGCUCGAGGUGCUGGCGGCGUGCGUGCCGGACGCCGCGCCCGCGAGCACGCGCCGCCUCCGCGACCUCAAGGACGACCGGCAAGCGCGCGCCUUCUCCGGCAAGUGGCACGUCGAGCUCGCCGACGCCGCAGCCGCGCAGGCUGUCGUCGACGCGGCGGCGGCAAAGUCGCUGCGCAAGCCGGGCGGGCAGGCGCUGCGGGCGACGCUGCUCCGCGCGCACUACGAGGCCGAGGCGGCCAAGGUGGCCGAGUACCGCCGCAAGACGGCCGAGAAGCAGGCGAAGCGCAAGGCGGAGGCUGAGGCGGCCGAGGCAGAGGCGCUGCGGCACGCGCACAAGGAGCACGGCAAGGUACUUCGUUUCUCGGGCUGGGCGGCGGACCGGCAGGCGCUGCUCGACGCGUGCGGCGCGCACGGCGAGGUGGCGUGGGCCGACGACGGCGCGGAGGGGCACGUGGACGAGUACUGGAAGCAGCUGCAGCUGCGGCUCGCGGCAAAGAAGGCUGGCGGCGGCGGCGGCGGGUUUGGGGAGGAGAAGGGCGUGGUACUGGCCUUCGAGGGCGUCGGGCCGGGCACGCGGCGCGAGGAGCUCAAGGCGCUGCCAGUGCGUUUCGUCGACUUCAACCGCGGGGACAGCGACGGUUUCGUUCGCUUCGCGGCGGCAGGCGGCGCCAAGGCGGCGCUGGAGGCGCUGGCGGCGGGCGGGGAGGAGGCGAGCGGAGCGAUGCCGCAGAUAUCUCGGCUAAUCUCGGCAAAAAAACGGCUGAUCUUCGGCUGA